AUGUCUCGCCAGGAGCUCACAUGCCUCUGGCUACCCCCCCGACCAUCGGAGCAGGUGAACGUGCCGAAGACCAAGAAGGCCUACUGCAAGGGCAAGGAGUGCAAGAAGCACACCCUGCACAAGGUCACCCAGUACAAGACUGGAAAGGCCAGCCUGUACGCACAGGGAAAGAGGCGUUACGACCGCAAGCAGUCCGGUUACGGUGGUCAGACCAAGCCUGUCUUCCACAAGAAGGCCAAGACCACUAGGAAGAUUGUGCUGCGCCUGCAGUGCCAGCAGUGCAAGACCCAGCACAUGCACGCCAUCAAGCGCUGCAAACACUUCGAGAUCGGCGGAGAGAAGAAGACCAAGGGCGGUCUGUACUGA